GGACAUGGAGAGUCCAAACAGUGGUCUUAUUAAAUAUAAUACAGGAGCAAGAAGGCCUGUUCUAUUUAAAACUGGGGGGAAUUGAAAAUUCUAAUGGAGAGUGAUAAAACAUUCUGAAUGCUUGCUAUUAUAAUUGGCGUUUAAAACGGCUAUUAUUAUUAUUAUUAUUAUUACUCUUCUACAGGCUUAUGUUGUUGCUAUUUUCAAAGAAGGCUGAUUCCGUCAUUAGCCUACUUUACAAUCCGUUUGAACCAGCGUAUCAGACGUAUUUUGUGCUGCACCGCAGCGACAUUUAUAGGCUGACAUCAAUUUGUCCCGCUGCUUCACUCAACCAUUCUUAUAAUCUAAACUUGCCAUUGACAGGAAACCUCUUAAGCAAAGCCUUGCCUCCAUGGAAAUACCCAAUAUUUGUAGUAAAAGGUCGACAGUUAAAUCCUUGAGAUGAUCCAUUCACAUUGUCUAUCAGCUGCAUUCUUCACUGACUGCGAAGAUGGCGGAGUCCGGUGGUGGGGGGUUGGACUCGGACCGUCCACAGAACAGCAUGGCUAACAAGAAUAGCACCCUACGCUGCACGUUUUCAGCCCCCAGCCACAGCGCCACUCUUCUGCAGGGGCUGUCCGUCCUGCGGGCCCAGGGCCAGCUGCUUGACGUGGUCCUGGCCAUCAACGAAGAGCGCUUUCAGGUCCACAAGGCCGUGCUGGCCUCCUGCAGCGACUACUUCAGAGCCAUGUUCACAGGGGGUAUGCGAGAAGCCAGCCAGGACACCAUUGAGCUCAAGGGCUUGUCAGCCCGUGGGCUGAAGCACAUUAUUGACUUUGCCUAUAGCGCUGAGGUGACUCUGGACCUGGACUGCAUCCAGGAUGUGCUGGGGGCUGCCGUCUUUCUGCAGAUGGUCCCCGUGGUGGAGCUCUGCGAGGAGUUCCUCAAGUCGGCUAUGAGCGUGGAGACCUGUCUGAACAUCGGCCAGAUGGCCACCACCUUCAACCUGUCCUCCCUCAAGGAGUCGGUGGACGCCUUCACCUUCCGCCAUUUCCUGCAGAUAGCGGAGGAAGACGACUUCCUGCACAUCCCCGUGGAGCGACUCGUCUUCUUCCUGCAGAGCAACAAGCUGAAGAACUGCAGCGAGAUCGACCUGUUCCAUGCGGCCAUCCGCUGGCUGCAGCACGACGAGGCCCGGCGGGCGGGGGCUAACGAGGUGCUGUGCCACGUGCGCUUCCCGCUCAUGCGCUCCUCCGAGCUGGUGGACAGCGUGCAGACGGUGGACAUCAUGGUCGAAGAUGUGCUGUGCAGGCAGUUCCUGCUGGAGGCUUUCAACUUCCAGAUCCUCCCGUUCCGUCAGCACGAGAUGCAGUCUCCGCGGACCGCCAUCCGAUCGGACGUAGUGUCGCUCAUCACCUUCGGCGGAACGCCCUACACUGACAACGACCGCACUGUCAGCAGCAAGGUGUACUACCUCCCCGACGCCGCGGCACGCCAGUUCAAGGAGCUGACGGAGAUGGAGAUGGGCUGCAGCCACGCCUGCGUCUCGGUGCUGGACAACUUUGUGUACGUGGUGGGCGGCCAGCACCUGCAGUACCGCAGCGGUGAAGGCGCGGUAGACAUCUGCUUCCGCUACGACCCGCACUUGAGCCAGUGGCUGCGCAUCCAGCCCAUGCAGGAGAGCCGCAUCCAGUUCCAGCUCAAUGUGCUGCAGGGGCAGCUGUACGCCACUGGGGGGCGCAAUCGCUCCGGCAGCCUGUCGUCCGUAGAGCGUUACUGCCCCAGGAAAAAUGAGUGGAGUUACGUGGACUCGCUCAAGCGCAGGAUCUGGGGACACGCCGGCACCACCUGCGGAGACAAGCUGUACAUUUCCGGGGGCUACGGAGUCUCAGUGGAGGAUAAGAAAACCCUGCACUGCUAUGACCCCGCUGCUGACCAGUGGGAGUUCAAGUCCCCCAUGAAUGAGCCCAGAGUGCUGCACGCCAUGAUCAGUGCCUGUGGCCGAAUUUACGCCCUCGGAGGUCGCAUGGACCACGUGGAUCGCUGCUUUGACGUUUUGGCGGUGGAAUAUUACAUUCCAGAGGCAGACCAGUGGACGACUGUCAGCCCCAUGCGAGCAGGGCAAUCCGAGGCUGGAUGCUGCCUGUUGGAUAAAAAGAUCUACAUUGUCGGGGGUUAUAACUGGCACCUCAACAAUGUCACCAGUAUUGUGCAGGUGUACAAUACAGAAACUGACGAAUGGGAGCGAGAUCUGCAUUUCCCAGAGUCCUUUGCAGGAAUUGCAUGUACACCAAUCAUACUUCCACAAACCACAACCCAACGGUAACUCCUCACUGAAAAAUGAUAAGGACCAAUGAGCUGCUCGUGGCAUUAUUGAAAUUAGACUUGAACUACCAUUUCAUAUGAUUGUACUGUAGAAAAUGCCCUGAAACAAUAUGAACAUGGAGCAAUGUUGUUAUUGAAAUAAUUAUGCAUUCUGAGUACGGUAAUACCUUAAAUCAAUAUUUUCUCUGAGCAUUUUUGCAUUGCAAUGGCAAUUGCAUACCUGUAAUAACUAAUUACUGGGCCAUGAGACCAAUGUUUUAUUAUUUUCAAUUUCUAUUAUUUACUUUUAACAUUCUUUCUUAUUGAUGGGAUCCAGCUGGGAAUAAUUUUGUGCUGAAUUUGGUGCAAUAUCUUUGUGGCAAAGACCUGUUGUUUUUGAAGCACAAAGGUAAGUCAGAAAUAGCUGAAAAUGUGUUUCAUAAACAUUUGAUUCAUUUAAAUGUUCUAAAAUGUGUGUCUUGAGUGGCCUUUCCUCAAAGAAACGACAUAUUAAGAGCUAAAAGUGCCUGCCCUCAUUCACAGAAAUUUUCAGUAUUUGAAAGGAGUUCAUUGCUCCUAAGAUUUAAAGAGUAAAGAGUUGCUUUAUUAAAGUAUUAUGAGACCCCAAAUGCAGUCAUUUGACAGUAAGCAGAGUUCUACUUGGAGAAUGUUGUAAGUGUGUUGCAGAGUGACAUUUCUUGGGAAAUAAUGUGAAUCCAAGAUUACGCUCUUUGGUCUCAGAUUCAAUUCAGUUUUGUUGCACAUACAGUAGAACCUCAGUUUCGAAUCUCAGAAGUACAGACUGACCGGUCAACAAUGUGAGUAUGAAACCAGUAUUGGCUUGCACAGUUAAGCCUUAUCAUGCUUCUCAUUAUCACAUAUACAAAAAAUGAAUUUAAUUUCCAAUUAUUUAAAAAGCUACUGUAAAAACCUUGAUAAAUAGAUAUGUCUUAGCACUAUUGCUAAAGAAUAUGGUGUGAAAAAUACACCUGUGCAUGAUAUAAACUAAAGAAAAGUGAGAACAAAACCAGUUUGCAAAAGAGUUGGUAGGUCAAUGAAAAGGAGUUGUAUAGUUUUGAAAGUUAAAAUUGAAAAUAAUGAAUCGAUAUUCUAAUUAGGUUCCAAUUACCCAAUUAUUUGUCAGUAACUUAUAGCUAAAAAUGUAUAUAUUUUAAAUUGUUUAAGAAAUAAGGCCAUAAUGGAAGUGUUGUUCCAGCUGGAGCAACACUUCCAUUAUGGCAUGGUGCUGUCCAUACUAGGGCAGCUGACUCUCAAACCAAAUACAAAUCCCCCAGCUCUUUCUGUUUGGUUUCCCCCCAUCUGUGUCAAGUGAAAAAUUAGGUGGGUGGACUGUCCCCUCUUCUUAAAAAAGAAAAAAAACUGAUAUGGUUCCAAUUAGUAAAGAAUUUUAAUUUUUUAAAUAGGUAUAUAUUCACAUCAUGUUGCAAGCAUUUCAGAGUUUAGAACUACCCCCAUUUCCACAUUUUCAAUAUGUUUUUCCUCUAUACCUGAAUUAUUCAUUUGAACAAAUCUGACACUCAAGAUUGAGAUUCUAAGUUGAAUUUGAGAUAUACAGUCUGCGUCUAAAGCUUGAAAAUGGCAGUGGUGGUUUAUUGUCAUGUUCACAGUUUUAUUAGUUACAUCUGAGAUCAAAGUGUGUGAAUAGGUUUGUUUGAAAUGGAGUUACCCAGUGUUCAAUCCAAACAUGUAGGAAUGCAUAUUGUUUUCAAAGUUGAGGAAGUGUUGUUUAAUGGAUACAUUUUUUCUGCCAGUAUAGUCUUAGUGUCUUGGCCUCCUGUGUCUGUUCGUUUCAUAUGUACAGUAGCUGAGCUUUUUCCUGUGAAAAAUGUGUGAUUGUGUUGAAUAGCUGGGAAUGGUUAGUUAAAAUGUGGUAAAUGAAGACUGAUUUUUGCACUUUGAAAAGGGCAGAGCACCACACUUUCAAAUGUUUUUCUGCUGUCGCCCUUUGCAGCAAUGUUGGUAAAAUGGCUAGUCUGAAUGACUUUUGAAAUCAAGGCAUACUCAUAUAACUGCACUAGAUACAAUUAAAAUGAAAGCUGAAGCACACCAAACUCCUGAUAAUUAUGGAAGUGUGCCAUUUUCAUCCAGUAGAGUUUUUCUGUUAAUAGAGUAAUUUUUAAAUGGAACAUAUGGUCCAAAAGAACAUGUAAAUAUAGUGUGGAUUUUGUGGUGUGAUAUGUUUUUUUUCAAUAUGAUACUGGCCCCUUCUGCAAAGAUAGGAUUAGAACAGAGGUGGCUAACCCAGGUCUUGGAGAGCCACAAAGUCUGCUGGUUUUUGUUGGUAAUCAGUGCUUAAUCAAUCAAUUAAAGCAGUCGAUUACACAGUUAACUCACCUUGUGUGGUUUCUUGGGUCUAAAGUGGUUGUUGCAUUCAAGAUGAGAACAAAAACCGACAGACCCUCUAGCUCCCAAGCUUAAUUUGCAAACAUAACAUGGACCAUAUUUGGUUAAACGUUACACUUAUUUUCUUUGUUUAUAUUAUAUCUGUGUAACAAUUGAUGUGUUCUAGUUUUUGGUUGUCUUGUCUCUAAUGCUAAAGCACAUUUUUAUGGUUUACCAUAAAAUCAAAUGCAUUAUAAAUGUCUUCUCACUCUUUAACUUGAUGAAUGUAUAAUUUUUGCAUAUGAUCUCAUCUCUUGCUAAAACAAUUUUAUAUUGAUUGAAAGCACUUCUCCAGUGGUUCAGUCAUGGAGUAUACCCUUUUCUGUGAAUGAGAUCUGUGAUUCAGCAUAAGAAAUGAGUUGCUAAUUGGCCCUAUAUUUAGGGUGAGUGUAGCACUUAUAAAUCAUUAAAUAUUAUCUGUGCUCUGUUACAGUGUUACAUUUAACUUUGGUUAAUUAGGAUGUUCUACAUAUGAAGGUGUUCUCAAAGGCAGUAUAGGCUCAUUUUAAAUGAUUGGGUCUGAUUCCCAGUGUAGGAAGGCUGUGUAACAUGUAUAAUUUGCAUGUACAGAUCUGGAAUUUAAGAUAAUUGUCCUCCUUGUCUUUCUAUAAUAAUUUAGAAAUAAGUCUAAUGGAUCUAUUUUGGCAUGAUUUGCUGCUAUUAUAAGAAUGUACUGUGACAGUCUUAUCAGGGUUCUCCGUAUACUGGCAUAGCACUGAUCUUUAAAGACCAAUUCAUAUGCUACAGGGUCCUGGAUAUACAUGUUGUUGUUCAUGCAAAGAGUCAUAUGCGUUGUGAUACUAUGUUUUGGCUCUAUGGAAAGUAUAAUAUGAAGCACAGCUAAUGCAUUCACUUUCAGCAGCCAACAUCACAACAAAUUAGUCUUCUUGUAUUACUGGGCAUCUUAUGCAUUAUGUUUUGUUUACAAGUGUACACACAUGCAUCAUAUAUAUAUACUCACAGAUAAUCAAAAGAAAUGCACUGUUUGUGCAUAUGUCCUUUUAGAAAGGUAGAGUUCACAUGUUUUGGGUAUUGAAUUUAUUGAAUUUGAAUCUUUGCAUUCAAUUAUGACACACUGAUGUGCUUCUUCUAAAAACAUACUUGCAGAACAGUGACAUUUCCUUGGUGAGCAUAUUCAUGAAAAUCUGUUUUAACCUAAUGUGUAUUAUUAACAUAAGUAUAUAUAUUUUCAUGACACUAAUGGCAUUUACUUCCCAAAAUAAGGAUUAUUGUCCUUAACCACCAGUUGUGUUUGUUGUUUGUUGCUAUGUGAUUUUGUGGAAUGACCAGCAGGCAAAUGAACAAUUUUAUUGUCAGAAAUAUUGCUCUAGUGCAUACCUGAGAAAGGGUGCUAACAGUCACAAACUCUGAAGAAGCAGCAUGAACUUGAGUUAUAGUGUGAACAACUUGGUGAAUAUUUGGUUGAAAAUAUCUUAAUGAUUGGAUGAGUUACUAUUGAAUAUCGCCUUCCUGAUUUGAUACAAGAUUAUUGUAUUUGGUUGGCUACAUAGAUCAAAGCUCUCCUAGUCGAGGCUAUAUGCAUUACAAAAACAAGUAUUUUUUCAGUUACGUCAUGACAAGAAAUAGUCAAUAUUACAAAUGUGAAAAUUACAAAUAUGUAAAUUACAGGGAUUUUUCUGAGUUGAGAUGUUGUUUAGUAAGUUUUCAUGGCACCUGUACCUUGCCCCCUGUACUGUCACCUUGGUUACUCUUGUGUUAUUUAACCCUCUCAUAUUGGCUUUCCCAUGCAGGAAUAUCCAGUACCCUUGGAGUGAUAGCUUUAAAAUGUGUGGUUUGAAUGUAGGAGUGCUCAUAACUCCAAUUAUGCAAGGGUUUAAAUCAAAACUUUUAACUGCUUAUAAAUCAAUGGCUUUGUGUAGUCUGUCAGGUUUUGUCUCUGUGUUGUAAUAUUGGCCCUUAGUUUUGUAUGCUUUCCAGUUGCGCAGUUUGGUGUGAUAUUUGUGUGAUUACAAGUCUGGUUUGGCAUGUUUCUUUAUACCUACCUAUAUUGUUUCUUUAAGCAUUCUUGAAAUGCAUUGUUUUAUACAUUUUUUAACCAAAUUACCUUUACUCUUACGGAAGCCUCAACACUGUCACAGUGUUGAAAUAACUGAAUGUACUUUACCUGUCAGCACUUUUAUGGUCUCUAACACCAAACAUCUUGUCUCUUAUAUCGAUAGGAUGCAUUGACUUUCAGCGAGCCAUCAAAACUAAAAAAUGUAUGUGCUUAUAACAAUGUGGUUUUCAAUAAAAGUGAUUACAUUUAAAAAAAAAAUUAAACUGGUAACAUUA